AUGUCGGUAACAACAAAAGCAACAAUCGCCUCAUUCGGCGGCAAGCUGCUGAAGCUGAGCCACGCCGCCAGCUCGACACGCUGCGAGAUGAACUUCAACCUCUACCUACCCCCACAAGCCUUCCAGAACGCCUCGCAGAAGAUCCCCGUCCUGAUCUACCUGUCCGGCCUCACCUGUACCGCGGACAACUGCUCCGAGAAGGGCUUCUUCCAGCACGGUGCCAGCAAGAAGGGCAUCGCGGUGUUGUAUCCGGAUACCAGUCCCCGCGGCCUGAACAUCGAUGGCGAGAACGACUCGUGGGACUUUGGCUCCGGCGCCGGCUUCUACGUCGACGCCACCAAGGCCCCCUACAACGCCGGCUAUAACAUGUACACCUACGUGACCGAGGAGCUGCCGCAGACCGUCUUCGCGGCAUUCCCGCAGCUCGAUGCGCAACGCGUCAGCAUCACGGGCCACAGUAUGGGCGGCCACGGCGCUCUGACUCUGUUCCUCCGCAACCCCGGCAAAUACAAAUCCGUCUCGGCGUUCGCGCCCAUCGCAAACCCCAUCAACUGCCCCUGGGGCCAGAAGGCCUUCGCGGGCUAUUUCGGCGACGACCAGCAGGAGAAAUGGAAGGAGCACGAUGCCACCGAGCUCGUGAGGAAGUGGAAGGGCCCGCUAGAUGUGCUGAUUGAUGUGGGCACCGGCGACAACUUCUACAAGCAGGGCCAGCUUCUCCCCGAGAACUUCGAGAAGGCGGCCAAGGAGGCUGGCGUCGAGGGCGUGCGGGUGCGCUACCAGCCGGACUAUGACCAUAGCUACUUCACCAUGGCGACGUUCGCGGAUGACCAUGUUGAGCAUGCGGCCAAGUAUCUCUUUGCUUAG